UAACUUAGCUGUAACAAAUUUCAUUGGCUGACAGCAUCAAACUCUUGAGAGAUUCCCUACACUUGGUACCUCUAUUUUUUCUAUUGCAUCAGAACACAAAACCCCACCCCACACAAACACAUACUCUCUCUCUGGUUUUGUUCUGAUUUAGGGGCCAGUUUGAAUCCAAGUUCUGCUUGUACAAAUUAGGGUGGGAAAUUGAGCCAAUUUCAGCAACUUUCUCUUCCUUUUUUUUUUCUGUAAUAAAGUAACUGAACACCGAGUUUUCGUCCAAUUGGUUGAUCGCAAUAAUUGAAAGAUGGGUGUUUAUGACUGAAUUUUUUAGAAUCAACUCUGUCCACUCUUUACAUACUCACAGGCAGGUAAUGGUGGAGAUAAAAAUGAUAGCUAUAUGUCAGUUGGGUGGUGAAUUUGUAACAGAUAAGGAUGGUACUUUGUCGUAUAGAGGUGGUGAUGCUCAUGCUAUAGACAUUGAUGACCAAAUUAAGUUCAAUGACUUCAAGGUGGAGGUGGCUGAGAUGUUUAAUUGCAGUGUCAAUACCAUGUCUCUCAAAUACUUUCUUCCAGGCAAUAAGAAGACUCUUAUUACCAUCUCUAAUGACAAGGACUUGAAGAGGAUGAUAAAAUUUCACGGGGAUUCUGUCACUGCUGAUGUUUAUGUGAUUUUGGAAGAUAAUUUUCUGCCUGGUGUCUCAAAUUUGCCUGCCAGUAGAUCAAGCAGAACAACUCUGUCUGAAGCAGUGCCUCCUAUUGAUGCUCCUCUUGCCAUUUUGGAGGAUAUCACUCAGCCUGAUAACUCGCUUGUGGCACCUCUUGAUCUUGAUGUUGUAGAUGAUACCAAUAAUGUUGAUAUUCAUAUUGAAGAUCAGCAGAUUGAUCCACUUGAAAUUUCACCCAUUCUUCCUCUUCUUGCUUCCAAUGAUGAGAAACAUGCUAAAGGUGCACAGCAAUGGCAGAAUACUAUUACUGGAGUAGGUCAAAGAUUCAGCAGUGUUCAUGAAUUUCGCGAAUCAUUGCGUAAAUAUGCCAUUGCACACCAGUUUGCAUUUAGAUAUAAGAAGAACGAUAGCCAUCGUGUAACAGUUAAAUGCAAAGCCGAAGGUUGUCCCUGGAGAAUUCAUGCGUCAAGGUUGUCGACCACUCAACUAAUUUGCAUCAAGAAAAUGAAUCCAACUCAUACAUGUGAAGGGUCGGUGGUGACAACAGGACAUCAGGCAACUCGGAGCUGGGUAGCUAGUAUUAUUAAGGAAAAGUUGAAAGUUUUCCCAAAUUACAAGCCCAAGGAUAUUGUCAAUGACAUCAAACAUGAAUAUGGAAUCCAACUGAACUACUUCCAGGCAUGGCGUGGGAAAGAAAUUGCAAAGGAGCAGCUUCAGGGUUCAUACAAAGAGGCAUAUAAUCAGUUACCAUUUUUCUGUGACAAGAUAAUGGAAACAAAUCCAGGUAGUCUGGCAACAUUCACCACUAAGGAUGACUCAAGUUUUGAGGGCCUAUUUGUCUCAUUCCAUGCCUCAUUGUAUGGUUUUGUUCAAGGUUGCAGACCUCUUCUUUUCCUUGAUAGCUUACCUUUAAAUUCAAAAUAUCAAGGUACAUUAUUAGCUGCAACAGCUGCAGAUGGGAAUGAUAGCGUGUUUCCUGUUGCGUUUGCAUUAGUAGAUGCAGAAACUAAUGAUAAUUGGCAUUGGUUCUUACUUCAAAUGAAAACUGCACUGUCAACUUCUUGUCCAAUAACAUUUGUGGCGGACAAACUAAAGGGCUUAAAGGAAUCAAUUGCCGAGAUAUUCAAGGGCUCAUUCCAUGGCUAUUGCCUACGGUAUUUGUCUGAGCAGCUUGUGCAGGACUUGAAGGGGCAGUUUUCUCAUGAGGUUAAGCGACUAAUGAUUGAAGACUUAAAUGCUGCUGCCUAUGCAUGUAGGCCUGAAAUCUUCCAGAGGUGCAUGGAGAGCAUCAAAAGUAUUUCACUGGAAGCUUACAAUUGGAUCCUCCAAAGUGAACCGCAAAAUUGGGCAAAUUCAUUUUUUCAGGGUGCAAGAUACAAUUACAUGACAUCUAACUUUGGAGAGAUGUUCUACAGCUGGGUGUCAGAUGCACAUGAGUUACCAAUAACACAGAUGGUUGAUGUGAUACGGGGUAAGAUUAUGGAGUUGAUUUAUACAAGGAGGGCAGAUUCCAACCAGUGGCUGACAAGAUUAACUCCAUCUGCGGAGGAAAAGCUAGAGAAGGAAAGUUUGAAAGUACAUUCCCUUCAGGUGCUGCUGUCAGCUGGUAGUAUAUUUGAGGUUCGUGGAGAAUCUGUUGAAGUGGUUGAUAUCGACCGCUGGGAUUGUAGUUGCAAAGAUUGGCAGCUUACUGGUUUACCUUGUUGCCAUGCUCUUGCUGUCAUUGGUUGUAUUGGCAGGAGUCCAUAUGAUUAUUGUUCAAGAUAUUUCACAACUGAAAGCUACCGAUUGACAUAUUCUGAGUCUGUUCACCCUGUACCCAAUGUGGACAUGCCUCUUGAGAAAGAUUCUUCUCAGGUUGCAGUAACUGUAACCCCUCCUCCGACCCGGCGUCCUCCAGGCCGGCCUACCACAAAGAAAUAUGGACAACAAGAUGUAGUCAAACGUCAGCUCCAGUGCAGUAGAUGCAAGGGGCUUGGGCACAACAAGUCCACUUGCAAAGUUGUAGAGUGUUAGAAGAGCUUUUGUAAAGUGUUAGGGAUGACAUCAAGAAGCAGAGGCAUCAGAAUCUGUACAUGUAACAACUAUUUUGAAGGACCAGAAAGACCUAUUAAAAUGCUUGAUUUAAGUGACUUGAAUUGUGAGACCUUUAGUUUUGUACGGUUGGUUGCUUAUCUUUAUCUGGUGUUGCCUUUGAGCUUUAUUUCUUUCGGAAUUCUUACUAGUUUGAACAAGAGUGCAAUGACCGUGAUAAUAAUGUUAGGAACGCGUGUUGCUGAUGUAAACAAGAGUAUUUAUGCUCAGAUUUGUUAUAUGAGAAAAGGCUCAUCUAGGUUUCAACUUUAUUCA